AAGGAAAACUAUCCUGAGAAGAAGGGAAGGAAACAAUUAUCAGAAUAAAAAAAUGCGUAAAAGCACAAUACUCUCUCUUAGCUUCUUCUGCCUUCUUUUCCUUUCUUCAUCUCUUCUGAGUUCGAAUUCAAUGGAUUCCACAUAUUCCAUAAUAAGCGACAAGCAAGAAAAGGGAAAAUUUAAACCAGAUGAGAGCAUCGCUCUGCAGACGCAUGCUUUCUUUUUUGACAGGAAUCAGGAUGGUUCAGUUUAUCCCUGGGAGACAUAUAAAGGUUUUCGUGCAGUUGGGGCUGGUGUGCUGCUUUCUGCUGCGAGUGCCUUUUUUAUCAAUACAUUGUUCAGUCAGAGAACUCGCCCUGGAAAGUUUCCUAAUCUACUCUUCCCUAUUGAGAUUGAGAACAUCCGUUUCGGCAAACAUGGGAGCGAUACUGAUAUCUACGACAAGAAUGGAAGAUUUGAUGAGGAGAAAUUCGAAGCUAUUUUCCGCAACUAUGCACGUACACAUCCAGAUGCACUGACGGCAAGAGAAGUGACGAAAAUGCGAAGGGGGAACAAAGAACCUAAAGAUUUAUUUGGAUGGGUUUCAGCCUGGGGAGAAUGGGUAGUAACGUACCCUCUUUUCAAGGACGAAAAUGGUUUGCUGCACAAAGAAACAUUAAGAGCUGUUUACAAUGGAACUGCUUUUAGAGAAAGGGAGAAGGAGUUGAAGGAGAAGCGAAAAGCGUCGGCUAAAAAGAAAGCAUCUAUUUAGAAAAUGGAGGAAUUGAUAUUGUUCGGAUUGGCUGCAGCUGGAUGGUCGUCUUCAGAAUGUUAAUAAAUUUUAUAAUUGUUAUUUGUUUUUGGCUUUCUGUUGUCAUAAUUUAUAAAUAAAUUGAGUAGCACUACUGUGUUCUCUA